AUGGCUGACAGGCCCAGCGACUGCCUCAAGAGCGGAGAAGAUCUGUUGGAGUUUUGGGGUGGGGGACUGCUGGGAAAGUUGGCCGUGCGGCAGAGCGGAGACGCGCGCUCCCCGCGAGUUUCGCCAUCUGAUGUUGUUUUCUUUCCGUUCUCCCCGCAGAGUAACUGCAUCAAGACGUCCAAGUACAACGUGGUCACAUUCCUGCCCAUCAACCUCUUUGAGCAGUUCCAGGAAGUGGCUAACACUUACUUCCUCUUCCUCCUUAUUCUCCAGCUGAUUCCACAGAUAUCCUCCCUUUCGUGGUUCACCACCAUAGUGCCUUUGGUUCUUGUGCUUACCAUCACGGCGGUCAAGGAUGCCACCGACGAUUACUUUCGCCACAAGAGUGACAACCAGGUGAACAAUCGCCAGUCUCAGGUGCUGAUCAAUGGGAUCCUCCGUCAGGAACAAUGGAUGAACGUUCGCGUGGGUGACAUCAUAAAGUUGGAGAACAACCAGUUUGUGGCGGCUGACUUGCUCCUCCUAUCCAGCAGCGAACCUCACGGACUUUGCUACAUCGAAACAGCAGAGCUGGACGGGGAGACCAACAUGAAGGUCCGUCAGGCCAUCCCAGUGACGUCGGAGCUGAGUGACACCAGCAAGCUUGCGCACUUUGAUGGGGAGGUGAUCUGCGAGCCGCCCAACAAUAAGCUGGACAAGUUCAGCGGGACGCUCUACUGGAAGGACAGCAAGCACUCCUUGAGCAACCAGAACAUGCUGCUUCGUGGCUGCGUCCUCCGCAAUACGGAGUGGUGUUUUGGCCUUGUCAUCUUCGCAGGCCCAGACACCAAACUAAUGCAGAACAGCGGCCGCACGAAAUUCAAGAGAACGAGCAUUGACCGCUUGAUGAACACCUUGGUGCUUUGGAUCUUUGGCUUUCUCGUGUGCAUGGGCAUCAUCCUGGCCAUUGGCAACUCCAUCUGGGAGUACGAGGUGGGCGCCUGCUUCCAGAUCUACCUGCCCUGGGACGAGGCGGUCGACAGUGCCUUUUUCUCUGGCUUCCUCUCCUUCUGGUCCUACAUCAUCAUCCUGAACACGGUCGUCCCCAUCUCCCUCUACGUCAGCGUGGAGGUGAUUCGCCUCGGGCACAGCUACUUCAUCAACUGGGAUAAGAAGAUGUAUUGCGUGAAGAGGUGCACGCCGGCCGAGGCCCGGACCACGACCCUCAACGAGGAGCUGGGGCAGGUGGAGUACAUCUUCUCUGACAAGACAGGCACCCUCACCCAGAACAUCAUGGUCUUCAGCAAGUGCUCCGUGAACGGGCGCAGCUACGGUGAUGUCCUGGAUGUUCUGGGUUACAAGGCUGAGCUCGGAGAGGUAGGAGCUGUGGGAGAAUCUCGGCGAUGAGAUGGAU